CAGGAUGCAGGAUGGGAAAAAGGCGGACACCCAGCUGGGAAACCUUGGAGACUGUAAAGCUGAACACUCCCUGCAUUGCUUAAUGCAGUGAAAUAACGGAUUUCACUUAGUUCUUUAUAUUCGCUCUACUUUAUCCAAUUGAGGCUUGGAGGCUGAUUACGGAUUCUCCCUGAUUUGGAAUAAAGCCCAGCCCAGGGCUUUCUUCCACAGAGAUGGCAAGAUGCUGCCUUCUCCUGCUUUCUUUGACGCUGGUUCUCGCUAGUACUCAUGGAGAAGAUUUCACAAGGACUGCCAUUAACAGUAACAUUAACAAGCGCAUAAAGAGAGAGUGGAUCUGGAAUAAAAUGCAUAUUAUCGAAGAGCACAAUGGGACUCUGCCACAUCAUGUUGGGAGGAUCACAUCAACCAUCAGGAAUCCCAAUGCUAAAUACGUUCUUGAAGGGGAAGGUGCUGGGACUCUGUUUAGAGUUGAAGACAGCACUGGAGAUGUGUCUGCAAAUGAGAGGCUGGACCGAGAGAAGAAAGCGGAGUACCACUUGAAGGCUCACAUUCUUGACCGUUUCACCAAUAAGUCAUUGGAACAACCCUCCGUGUUCCGUAUCAUAGUCUAUGACAUCAAUGACAAUGCCCCAGAAUUUGUACAAAAAGUGUUUAAUGGUUCUGUCUUGGAAAUGUCACCACUAGGAACAUCAGUCACCAAAGUGACAGCUGUAGAUGCUGAUGACCCCACAAUUCUUGGCAAUACUCGUGUUUCCUACAAAGUUAUUCAGGGAAACCAAUACUUCAAAAUAGAUGAUACUGGAACAAUCUACACAGCUGUACCAGAUUUGGACAGAGAAAAAACCCCUGUUUAUACAAUUGUGGUAGAAGCAGUGGAUGGUCACGGUCUACACUCAGAAGACUCAGGCACUGCUACAGUCCGCAUCUCACUGACUGAUAUCAACGACAACUUCCCAACAUUUAGGAAAAAAAACUUCCAUUUUGAAGUCCCUGAAAAUACCAGGUUAGACGGUGAAGUUGGUAGACUGGAAGUUGAAGACAUUGAUGAGCCACAGAACAGAAAUACAAAGUACAGUUUUGUCCAAGGACCUUACCAAGAUACCUUCAGAAUAGAACCAAACCCCUUCACAAAUGAAGGAAUAAUUAGACCUAAGAAGCCACUGGACUUUGAGAAGGUACCCUCCUACAAGUUUGAUGUUGAAGCAACUGAUGCCAACAUUAACUAUGCAUAUUCCAGGACGAAAGGAUCCAAGAGUAUUGCAAGUGUAACCAUCAAAGUUCUCGAUGUUGAUGAACCACCUGUCUUUUCCCAACCUUUCUAUAUAUUUGAAGUUCAAGAGGAAAGUGACAUCAAAAAGGUUAUCGGAUUUGUGUCGGCACAUGACCCAGAUAGAGCAAAACGGAAAAUAAGAUAUCACAUCCUGAGAUCCAAUUAUUUCAAAAUAUCCACCACGGGACAUAUUUUUGCCUUGAAGCCUUUGGACAGAGAAGAAAGUGCCUGGCAUAACAUAACUGUGGCAGCCAAUGAACUGGAGCAAGACAGAAUUGUGCCCAAUCUAGAAACUCACGUACCAGUUUACAUUAAAGUUACUGAUAUAAAUGACAAUGCACCAGAAUUUGCUGAUGUUUACAAUCCUAGAGUGUGUGAAAAUGCUGCGCCAGGAAAGACUGUUAUCAUCAUUUCUGCUGUGGACAAGGAUGAAAUGUCACCAGGAGUGAAAUUCAAGUUUUCCUUGGUGUCUGACGAGAGCAACUUCACUCUAAUUAACAAUCACGACAGCACAGCGAAUGUCACCGUCAAAUACGGACAGUUUAAUCGGGAACUAGUCAAAACCCAUUACUUGCCUAUCAUCAUCUCUGACAACGGCUCACCCCAGCAGAGCAGCACAAACACUCUUGCCAUCCAUGUCUGCAAGUGCAACGAGGAAGGAGACUUCACUUUCUGCGAAGAGCCAGCAAAACAAAUGGGAGUCAGCGUCCAAGCACUAGUUGCCAUCUUGGUCUGCAUCCUCACCAUCAUUGUGAUUAUGGUGCUAAUAGUUAUGAGGAAGCGACACAGGAAAGACCUGAACAUUCUCAGGAAGAAUGUGACGGAUAUCCAUGAGCAGCUGGUGGCCUACGAUGAAGAAGGUGGUGGUGAAAUGGACACCACCAGCUACGAUGUGUCAGUCCUCAACUCAGUCCGCCAGACCAGCAUGAGGUCACCGAGGAUGACCAUGGAGAACAGGCCUUGCGUGUACUCCCAUGUACAAAAGCCCCCAGGAAAUGGGAUCUCGGGCACCGGAGAAAUGGGCAUUAUGAUUGAGGUGAAAAAAGACGAAGCUGACAAUGACGGGGAUUUGCUGCCGUACGACACUCUCCACAUAUACGGUUAUGAAGGGGCCGAGUCCAUUGCAGAAUCCUUAAGCUCUUUGGGGUCAGGAUCCUCAGACUCUGAUAUCGACUAUGAUUUUCUGAAUGACUGGGGUCCCAGGUUUAAAAUGCUGGCAGAGCUUUAUGGGCUGGAACCCAGUGAAGAUCUUCUGUAUUGAGCGUUCUGUAUUGACAGGUUCCCCCAGCCUUAGCCACAGACAAUGUGGCUAAGAGAAUGUUGGUUCAGAAGACGGAACCAACUAGCAAUUUGUGCAUUCCCAAUACCUAAAUCAGCUCAACGUACCUUUUUUUCUGAGCAGUUUUACAUGACCAGGAUGAUAGACAGCAAAAGCUAUGACUUUUGAGCAUUUCAGAAGGGGCUCCAUGAGCAUACUAAUGCAUCCUGCACAUGUGGGAGGACCCUGAUUGGGCCACAUAGAGUCCUUUCUGGUGCACUCUGACACAUGUAUGAACAAGGGCAGGGCUAGAUCCCAAGGCACACACACAUUUUUGAAGUGUGGCUCUUUCCCAGCAAGCAUUAACAAUCCUUUCUUGCUUAUUUUAGUUUCUUAGAAACUAAAACUCAAAACCCACCCAUGAUUCUGGAAGGAACAAUUUCUGGGACUUCAGGGAGUGCAAAUCUCCUAGUCUUUAGUGUAGGUUUCAUUUGAUUGCAACUUCCAUUAUGCAUGUAUAUACAGGCUAAAUUUUUAUUCAUUUUUAAUGCUUUUUUUUCAAACACAGCUGAAGAAAUUCAGCUGCAUCAGGGAACUUUUCCAAGUUACAAGCCUCAUUAACUGUGAAAUUAUCCUAACACUUUUCUUCUUGCUGGUGCCCCCCACCCUACCCCUUCUUCCAGGUACUGUAAACAUGGAUAUUUCAAGCAUUUGACGCUUCCAAAACACCAAUAGGAGAUUCAUCACUGAUUUGACCUUUCCAAAACUAGCCUAGACCUUUCCCAGGUACUGUGUUGCCAGUUAUCCAGUGCGAGGCUGGUGUCCUUUGAGACUGAUAGAACAAAAGAUAAGGAGGCCAACAGUAGGGGGCACUAAAGUGAGUGAUGGGGGGGCGACUAAUUCUAGUUUUGUCCCCGUUCUCCUCUCUGCUGAGUUAGACAAUGGCAACUCUGAGACUAAGGAUGAGGAGGCUGACAGCCUGUGCUACCUUUUGGACCUGUGAGGAAGUAGUUAGGUGGGGGCCAGCUGAAAACUGUACUUGGAAGGGGCAGGGCCCCAUUGGCCCAAUGGACUAGCCUCCAUUGUUGUUACCUCCUUUCCCAGUCUACCUUACGACUGUGCCCAGAUGCAGAGACUACUGCUUCUUCACCCACCAAGUUCCCCCCCCCCCGACCAUCCCCAUUAUUCUGUUUACCAUGUUGUCUAAUGAAGACUUCUUUUAGAAAAACUCCAAAUCUUGCCACCUAGUGUGUGAUAUUUUGGUUGCCCUGAUACAGAUUUUCUUUUUUCUUUUUUCCCCUAAUGGGCCAGCAUGACUACCUUUACUUUUUCUGUGAGCAGGGUAUACUCAUUUUCACUAGCAUGCAAAAUCCAAACUAUACAUAUAAGUAUGGUUCUACUAAAUAAUGUAUGGCUAUUAUUUGUUUAACAAAAUAUUCCUACUAAUGAAAAUAGUUGGGUGUAAUUAAUGUAUGUGAUGUUUAAACAGUGAGGUGAACUAUAAAAUCAUUUAAAGCUAUGGUAAGGCAAUUGUAAACAAUAUCCAGUUUUUAAAGCGUCCUAUGAUCCUUGUAUUUUGUGUUAAAAGCUACUCUACUGUACAUCAAUGGUUUUUGCACUGGAUAGUUACAUUUCCUAUUUAAGGUGUAUGUAUGUUUGUUGUGGGUGGGGCGGGUUACCUACAUAAAAGCCAAAUUCAUGUAUACUUGCAUUUGUCUGCUCAUUAGUAAGAUAUUCAGGCAAACCUGUGAUGACUUUAGUGCAGGCAUCCCCAAACUUCAGCCCUCCAGUGGUCCUGUUAGCUAUGGAUCAUGGGAGUUGUAGGCCAAAACAUCUGGAGGGCCGCAGUUUGGGGGUGCCUGCUUUAGUACAUUUAAACGCAGGGGAAUCUACCAAACAGAUGAUAAAAUCUGCUUAUCAGAUUGCUGAGGAACCACUUCUUCCCUUAUGUUUGUAUGUCAUCCCCCAAGGCAUAAAGGGCUAUAAAUGUACUGAGGAAUGGGGUGUAGCUCAGUGGCACAGCACAUCCUUUGCAUGCAUAAAUUCCCGCAUUCAAUCCCUGGCUUCUCCAAGCAGGACUGGGAAAUAUUCCUGACUGAAACCCUGAAGAGAAACCCAGCCAACCAGCUUCCACUAUAUGUACUGUGACAGGUUCAAUAUAAGGUGAUAUUGUUCCUGUGUUCUUAGAGCAGCACUCUCUCAUAUGUUGGAUUUGACUUACUGUAUGCCACAAAAAAGUUGGAUUUGACUUACUGUAUGCCACAAAAAAGUGCCCAUCUCGGGGUAAGCUCAAUGAACUCAGGGGGAUUUUCUUCAAAAUAAAAUAAACACUCCAUAGCCUAGGGAGUGAAACAUGGCCUAGUUAGCAAACAUUGUUCUUGACGACUUAAAAGAUGCUUUGCAAAAUAAUUGCUAACAUCCAGCAUAUUUGUCAAACAAAGUAGCAGGGAACAGCUGCUGAAUUAUGCUUCACCCCUGGGCACCUUUCAAAAUAAUCACUUGUGUUGGCCUAUUUAUGCCUUUCAAGGUGUCAAUGAAAAUUUCUUUCAAAGAACUGUGGGACACCUGAAAAGGAGCUUGUGGUUGCACUUGGUGAAGGCAUCACAUAAGCAAGGUGCUUGGAGCAAUGUUCAUGUGACCUAAAAGGAUACAGGGUGGUGUGCAGUGGUGCAAACCCAUCACAACCUCCAAAUACUCAUCAGAAGGUUGGGUUGGAGCCUGUGCAGGUACAGCUGUAUACCUUCUGGGUCUCUCGUGGAGAUUCAAGGCCCUGUGUUUUGUAAGGGUACUAGUGUAUUUGCAUUGAUGGAACCUGCUAAUGCACAUUUCUUCCUGCAUAGGCUCUGUUCUAACCUACCAAUGAAUACACAGAGGUCAUAAGUGAGACCUGAUGGCAUGGUCUUAUUCCCAAUAACCAUACAUUUGCAAUUAUGUAAACAGGGUUUGAGCUUCUUCUUCACUCAUCCUGCCCUGAGAAAUGAAGAUUACAAGCCCCAAAACAGGAUCGUCUUGCAUGCCCUUCAUGGAAGGCUCAGUAUAGGAAGCCUCGUUCAUCUUUCAAACCAGCAUUCCUGCUAAAAGCAGUUGGGGUCAUUUACCUAUUCCAUACUCCCUUUCACACACCUGACCCAGCUGAAGAGUGUGAGGGAGGCAGUCCAGUGAGACUGUCCCCUCCUUUCCAUUUCUACAUGUUAUAUCAUUUCUCUAAGUAUUUUAAAAUUGUAAACCGCCCAGGGUGCAACGAUGGAAAGGUGGUAUAUAAAUGAAAUAAAUAAUAGCUAACUGGCCAUUUCUUUGCCCAGAAGAUCUUAACAGUUCAGCAGAAGAACAGAACGGGCCAGAAACCUCGUCCCGUUCUCCCAGUAGCCAACCAGAUGCCUAUGAGAAGCCCACAAGCAGGCCCUGAGUACAACAGCACUCUCCCCACUUGUGAAUCCUAGCCACUGGUAUUUGGAGACAUAUUGCCUCUUUCAGUGCAGGUAGGCCAUAGCCAUUGUAAUGCAGCAUGGCUAGCGGGGAUUGUUCUCUUCAGGUGGUCAGUAUCAAAGUGAACGCACAGUCCCAUUAAGGAAACACAAACCCACAAUCCUUAACGUGAUGGGCCAUUGGCUCUCUUCAGGUCUUUGAUAGUGGAAUUAAUUAAGCGCACAAGAGUGGGGGGGGGCUGCAGGGAUGAUCAUGCUAGCUCUAUUAACUUGCGUAUACUGUGGAUCCAAAAAUGGCUGUUGGCGGGGAAGAAGCACAUCCACCUUACCCUUGUGGUAUCCUUGCUGGGGGUCAUGAGAUUCUCUCCCCUAGGCAAGUUAACAGAUGGAUUGCUCUCUCCAAUAACUUGCACAAGGACAAAAAAGAAAGCUUGCAACCCAGAAACAUCAGGGAGGGGUGUCUCACCACUCCUAGCAAGGACCCUGCUGCUUCCUUCCUGCCCCUUCAGGCUCACUGUCUACCAGCCAACACCGUUGCUGCUCCACUUCAGUGCCUGCCCAUCGCCUCUCCAGGUUUCUUUUGUGUAAACAAAUACACUGGGAAACCAUGGAUCUUGUAACAUAGGUAAGUUUGGCCCUCAAAAAACCAUGUAACUGAGUCCUCAGUGAAAUCAGCAUAUAUCUAUAUUUCGUUGCGGCAUGUACACAAAUGAGCAGCAGGUGGCACUCAGCUCCAGCAAUGCCAUAAUUAAGACAAUGCACUUCUGCAGUUCUGUUCCCUACCAUUGUUUUUUUGCAUAGACUAAAUACACUGCCAUCAGGAUUGGAUGCUUUCAUGCAUAGCCCUGCACUGCUUCUGAACCGUGGUCUAUGCACGCAGCAGGAAGGAGUGGAAAUGCAGCGGUAGACUUGAGGUGAUAGAAUGGAAGGUAUCACUUCAGAAAAUAGGGCAGAAGUCAAAUUUGCUCCUCUAAGUUUUUGCUUUCUUGUUCAUUUUAAAAACAGAACUCCCUGCAAACAGAAAACUAGCAGAACAGGGAACAAGACUGGGCUAGACUCUUUUCUUCCUAAUCUCCUAGUUUUGAACAGGAAGGUUUUUUUUUUUCUUUAUGAGGAAGAACAUUAAAAAAUGGCCCUGCCAAAAAAAUGGUCUGACAUGGUGCAAUCCAGUCUGCCACCUCAGUCAAUGUGUAGACUUGCUCUUGGGGACUUUGAGGCAUACUGGGAAGAGCUGUUUGCAGGGUUGGCAUUGGCUAUGUACUCACCAUGGCCCAUAUGCCAAUAGGAGGCAAUCCUAGGUCAUUAACACGAUUAGUCAUUAGCAACUCAGUACUAUUGGCAUUGAAACAGCAUUUCCGUGCACUACUCUGGUUCGCCAGGAGCAGCUUAGUCAUGCUGGCCACAUGACCCGGAAGCUGUCUGCAGACAAACGUCAGCUCCCUCUGCCAGUAAAGCAAGAUGAGCACCGCAACCCCAGAGUCGUCCGCGACUGAACUGUCAGGGGUCCCUUUACCCUUUACCUUUACUAUUGGCACUGCUCAUUCCCUUGCCUAAUUCCGGGCCUAAUCACAACAACUUCUAGAGUUAGAGGACAAGGUGUGCUGUGGUUACUAUUCUUUUUUUCUUUCCUCUCAUUUGCUCAUUGGGCAAGUGCAGGUGAAUAGGCAACGACAGCAAGGAGGAGGAGGAACAUCUAAGCUAGUAGCAACCUCUAGCUGGUUCACAGCAAUGAAUUCUGGGACAGUUCCAGGUUGUCUGACAAUUCCCCCCACCUCUGCCAAUGGGCCCUGGCAAG